AUGUCUGCCGGCCCGUGGAAACUGCUUCGCUUCGUUGUCCGCAUCGUCCUCCGCGCCAUACUACUCUGGUUCCUGCUUGCGUUGUUAUGGGCGUUCCUCCCAUCCCCUUCAAGAGAGCCCGACGGCAACAAUGACAGCGAUUACUCAACAGCGGUGUUACGCGCAGGCAAGGUUCUGACUAGAGUAUAUGACUCCAAGGAAUGGCAUAUCAAAUCAAACAAUCGGCAGGCUUUCGCUCUCGACUAUAAACUAGACAUACGCGAUCUCACUCUCUCGAUUUCUGGCUCUGAUAAAUCUCUGCCGAUACUCAAUGAAACUCCAGGCCAAGAUUCUACAUUGGAUAUCACCGAAGAUAUCCAUGUCGUUGCACGAAUCGGAGAUGAUGGCGGUGCCAACCUUCCCUGGUUCAAGUUUGCGGAUGCCAUACUGCUCACCUGGUGGCUAGAAAAAGAGGAUUUGAAUAUCACAUUGACGGCAUACUGGCGCAGGGAGGGAGAGGAUGGUAGUCUUCGCAGAAUGGAAUUGCGGGUCCCACGCAUGCCCGAGCCUCUGCUGUCAUUCAAGAUACAGGGCAACGAUCGGGGGACAAUCACAGCUAUCACGCCCGCAAAGCCGGCUUCUUCAUCACCCUCUAUGACUUAUCCUAUCCGGGUUGCGAUAAUUAACGCUAUUGCACCAACUGCAGUGUUUGUCAACGAUGUCUUUGGCAGUGCCAUUGGGAUGGCGUCCAAGUCGGUGUUCAAUGCACUCGCUGUCAUAUUUAUAGUUGGCAUGUAUGGAUUCAUGCUCCUGGCUAUAGUAUUCUCUUUAUGGAGGUGCUUGGGAGGCCCAUCGUUCGAGACCACUGUGGGAAGGAUGCAAGACCGUCUUGAGAGACAUAAUGAGAAUGAAAGAUAUCGAGUUCUACGGAUACAUGUUAUUACGGGAUGGUUGGAUUGGCUAAACCAUAGCGAAAGGGUACAGAUGGCACUCGAUAUUUGUAGACAUGGAUGGCACCCAGAAAGAGAACGAGCUAGAAGGGCUGAUGAGGAGACUGAUGUGGAAAGGGGCAAUAAGGCAGCAUCGCUGCCUGAGAAGGGGGGAACAGGAGCACGAGUCUUUAACACUCUAACACCAUCAAUCCCACCCGCCCAUCAAACGGCAAACCUUACUCCCAAAGCCAGAAAGAAAGCAUACGAACAUAAAAUGGCCCUCCCCCGUGACUCUGGAGUUCCUACCCAAAGCUUCCAUCCAGAUGGCACGCCAUCACAUCCCACAGUACUAUUCCAAAAUUCUUCACCCCCACCUCUCUUUCCCCAGCCCUAUUCCCUCUCAGGUAGACUUCUAACGGGAGACAAUAUGAAGCACCAAAGCAGUGGUGGUGACGCUACCGCUACCGUCCCACUAAGCCAGAAUAAUAUGGACGACCCUAACCACCAAGCCCUAUACGAGAAGGGCUAUGAGAUGCGGAAGAAGGUUGUGGGAGAGGAUUAUGUUGCUGCUGCUCUGGAAAAAGGGUCUACGGACUUUUUGAGGCCGUUGCAGCAGUUUGCUACCGAAUCGGCUUGGGGCACAUUGUGGACUCGUCCAGGAUUAGAGCACAAGACGAGGAGUCUGCUAAAUUUGGUUAUGCUGACUGCGUUGGGGAAGUGGAUUGAGUUGGGCACGCAUGUUCGGGGUGCGGUGAGGAAUGGUGUGAGUGAGGUGGAGAUUCGGGAGGCCUUGUUGCAGGCUAGUGCAUAUUGUGGGCUUCCUGCUGGUAUGGAGGCUUUUCGUGUUGCGGAUCGAGUUUUGAAUGAGAUGCAAGAGAGAGGAGAAAUUACGCGUGGAUGA